AGUAAUUCCCUGUAGGCUGUAUUGUAUCACAAAGGUGUUGAACCAGAAUCACUGAGAAUUUAUCAAAAAAAGAAUCACUGAGAUACCUUUUUGAUUAGUGGAGAAUCUCUUACGUCUGACACUGCCACUGGAGUGAGAACUUGAAAAGUCUUAGUGUUGGAGUUACUAGAUUGUGCGGCACAGGAUCCAAACAUGGAAAUUACCAAGGAUCCGGACCUUCAAAUUCAUCCAAUCACCUUGCUUCGGAUGCAGCUUCUUCUCAUCAAAUUUUCUGACUCCAACUUUUUUUCUUUUCAAAUUUUACGCGUUUUGAUAUCUCAAAAAAAAAAAAAAACCCGGGAUCAGAGUAAUGCGGAGAGUAGGAAGUUACUCGGAACAAGCAGAUUAAUGAAAAAUUGAAAAUGACAGUACUUUCUUCUUCUGCUUUUAUUCUGAAUUCUGUAGAAUUGAUUUUGAUAAAGAAUUCCUUUUUUUUUUUUCAAACCACAAUUCAAUCUUCAACUCUUUCGAAAAAGGUUUAGCUUCCUAUGGAUCAAGUAAAUAUUUUUGUGGGAAUUUGGGGACUUAUAACCUAUCUAAAUAUAGUCAGUCUUGAUGAGAUGAAAAGAAUUCUUGAGGGUGAAAUUGAAUGCUUAAGUGCCAAGAUGCUAGACGUUUCUAGAAUAACCUCUUCCUCUCAGGCUCCACGGGGCAAGAAGCGAAAACAAGAGGACUGUCCCUGGAUGACUGAGGAUCAGAAUCUGGUGGUGAAAUCUCGAUGCUUGUUAGGGCAAGUUGGAGGAUGGAGAAGCUUACUCUUAGGUGCAAAGACAAGAUGGGAGGUUUACAAAUUGGUAUAUGCUUUGAAAGACCAUGACAUAAAGGGUAACAAGGUCCUUAAAGAGGCCUUGUCUGAUGCCCGAGGCUUGUGUCGUGGUUAUCAUAUGCCAGUGAAACAGUUAGUGGGCCGAGUUGCUUCUAGAACUUUGGACUAUCUUAAGGUUUUGCUGGAAGGUGAUGAGGCUGGUAGAAUUGCUAUUUAUGGGAUGGAAGGAAUUGGAAAAACCUUUUUGAUGAAGCACCUGCACAACUGCGCGCUAAACAUGUUUGAUUAUGUUUUCUGGGUUUCUUUCCCUGAUGUGUUCACCAUCAAGCAUCUGCAAGAUGCUGUUGCUGCAGCUGUGAACUGUGAUAUUUCUAGUGCUGAUCACUUGUUUGUAAGGGCUAGUAAACUGUCAGACACACUUGCUAAUCUUGGUAGAUUUGCAAUUUUUUUAGAUUGUGUACCAAAAGCUAAUUUUUCUCUGGAACAGGUUGGAAUUCCAGUCCCUACAAAAGGGAGCGAGUGCAAGCUGAUAUUAUCUACUAGCUCUAGCUUAGAGUACAAAUUUUUCGAUUGUUUUCAAGCAGUUGAAAUUAAGCGACUUCCAAAGGAAGAUGCAUACAUGUUGUUUAUGCGUGAAGCAAACAUUAGGGAAGGAUCUAUUUGUUCCUUUGAUGGCAUUCCUCGUUCACUUGCUGAUAGGUGUUGCAGAGUGCCUCGUAGGAUUGUGGACAUAGCUACUCGUAUGUGUGGCAUAAAUGAUCCCCAUGAAUGGAGAUUUGCACUAUUUGAAUGAGGAACGGGAUGAAGAAUAAACAUGCGAAGUGAGACAAGAACCUCUAUCCCAAGGUUAGGUUAACUAGGAAAUCAAAGUAGUGCUUCUAGAGAAGAUCUAGGCAUCGGUUAGGAUCUGGUUAGGUCAAAUGAGAGGAUAAAGGAAUCAAUUGAAUGUUUUUUUCUGUGGGUUGUCAGAUGUUUCUCCUUAUAAGACUAGUGUUUGAUAAUGAUUAUCUAAUAUGAUUAGGCCAGCCUGCUAGGGGAGCUUGGUGUCGAGAGAAUGGCUUGAUUGUUCUCUAAGUCCUUUCCACUGAUUGGUGUUCACUGACGUUGUUGGUGGGAGUAAAUAAUUAUAUUUAUAUUGAUGGAGGAGUUUAAAAGGUGGUAGAGAAGACAUCCCUGAUAAAUUAAACUGAGGCAUCUCACUUUUAUUUUACGGCUUUACCCUGUUUUGUAAAAGUUCGG